UCUCCCGGGAGCGGCGACGGACGCGCGGCUCCCACCCCCUCCCCUCACGGGCUGUCCCCUCCCUGGUGGUGGCCGCGGCCGUACCCUCUGCGAGGCGAUGGCCCGGGUCCCGAGCACGGGCUAGCGUGCUUGGGUGCCCGGCCAUGGGCUGUAUCGGCUCCCGGAGCCCGGCGGGUCAGGCAUUUCUGGGGACCACCAGCUGGCUGAGGCUCAGGGACAGAGACGGCUGCUCCAGCUAAAGUGUCCUCGGACCCCGCGUGGGCUGUCGAGUGGAUUGAACUUCCUCGUGGCAUUUCUCUAUCCUCCUUGGGAUCUGCUCGGACCCUCCGAGGCUGGAGCCGGUCCUCUCGUCCUUCCUCGGUGGACAGCCAGGACUUGCCAGAGGUGAAUGUUGGAGACACAAUCGCGAUGCUGCCCAAGUCCCGGAGAGCCCUAACCAUCCAGGAGAUUGCUGCGCUGGCCAGAUCCUCCCUGCAUGGCAUUUCCCAGGUGGUGAAGGAUCACGUGACCAAGCCUACAGCCAUGGCCCAGGGCCGGGUGGCUCACCUCAUUGAGUGGAAGGGCUGGAGUAAGCCAAGUGACUCACCUGCUGCCCUGGAAUCCGCUUUUUCCUCCUAUUCAGACCUCAGUGAGGGUGAACAAGAGGCUCGCUUUGCAGCAGGAGUGGCAGAGCAGUUUGCUAUCGCAGAAGCCAAGCUCCGGGCAUGGUCUUCAGUGGAUGGUGACGACUCCACUGACGACUCCUAUGACGAGGACUUUGCUGGAGGAACUGACACAGACAUGGCCGGGCAGUUGCCUCUGGGGCCCCACUUCCAGGACCUCUUCACCGGCCGACGAUUCUCCCGGCCUGUGCGCCAGGGCUCUGUGGAGCCUGAGAGCGACUGCUCGCAGACCGUGUCCCCAGACACCCUGUGCUCUAGUCUGUGCAGCCUGGAGGAUGGGUUGCUGGGCUCCCCAGCCCGCCUGACCUCCCAGCUGCUGGGUGAUGAGCUGCUCCUUGCCAAACUGCCCCCCAGCCGGGAAAGUGCCUUCCACAGCCUGGGCCCGUUGGAGGCCCAGGACUCGCUCUACAACUCGCCCCUCACGGAGUCCUGCCUUUCCCCUGCCGAGGAGGAGCCAGACCCUUGCAAGGACUGCCAGCCACUUUGCCCACCACCAGUGGGCAGCUGGGAACGGCAGCGACAAGCCUCUGACGUGGCCUCUUCUGGGGUGGUGUCCUUAGAUGAGGAUGAGGCAGAGCCAGAGGAACAGUGACCCAAAUCAUGCCUGGUGGUGG